UGACAAUUCAGUCUUUCAUUCGUAUCUCUAAUUAUUUUUUUAACAUUAAGCAUAUACAGCAUAUAUAUUUCGUAUCCGCAUUCUUUUCCUAAACAUUAAGCAUAUUACUUAGACACAUACAAAAUCUAAUUAAAAUGUGCUGCUCCAAUGAUUGUCUCGAAAAGGUCUGUUGCUCGCUGGAGGUCAAGGCGCAGUUCUUCAGCAUUUGGACUAUCGUGCAUGGAGUCAUUUUUUUGGGCGCGUCAAUUUACUUUUUUGUUGGCGCAAUUAAUUGUCCACUAUAUGGGCCCAUUCUGUUAUUGAUUGGCGCCAUAGUGCAUCUAGCAGGUGGACUAUGCUUGUUAUUUGGCUAUGGGACUGACAUGAGAUACUUGUUUUUGGCUGGCAUCAUUCUGAGCUCCAUAAUGCCCUAUAUAUUAUUGCCAUCUAUUUACCUGCCAGUCAUUCAAAUAAUCUUUACUAUUACAUCAUGCAUAUAUUAUAAAAAAGAGAUGCCAAAAUAAUACCAGACUGCAAGUUCCUGACCGAAGGUGAAAGUUUCAGAUUUUGAUUGCUGAUCAAGAAUCAAAUUUGUAUGAAUGCAAAUGGAAAUUGAUGACUUGGAUGCAAUGGGACAAUUUAGUUCUUAUAGAUAAUUGGAAUCGAAUUCAUAUUUCAAUAGAUAACUUAUCUUAGGCGGAAAGUAAUCAAUAGGACAUUUUUUACAUAACUUUAUACCAUAGCUUUUUAUAGCUUCAGGCAUCUCCUAGUCCUGAUUAUGUUAUUACAUUACAGAUGUACAAAAUUGUUGUAGUACGUAGACAAAAUUCCAGUUAAUUGCCAGGCCUCCUCAAUUAUAUUCAUAUAGUUGACGCAAAAUUUUUGAAUGUCAUUAUAAGCUGACAAAUUCGUUGAUAUAAAGAAAUAAACUAUAA